AGUUGCUGCGGAAAGCUAUGGAACACUGCAUACUGUAAAUAAAGUCUGUGACGCCAACUGACGAAUAAAGUUUUUAUUGAACGAUUUAAAAAUUUAAUUUCAAACGUGAUAACCUAGGAAAAAAGUUUUAAACUAACAAUGGCACAAACAGAAGAUACUGAACUUAGGGAUUUGGUUAUUGAAGCUUUAGAAAAGAACGGUUCAUUAGCGAAAAUCCGCGCGUUGCUGCGUGCUAAUGUUUUUCUAGCAUUUGAAGACGAUUUUGAUAAUAUUCGACAAAAUGCGAGUUUAGACAAUGUGCUAAAGUUACCUGAAGGUAUACUUGCAUUGUCAGUUGUACACGAGUUUUUAGAGUUCUGCAACUUAAAAAACACUUUGUUCGUGUAUAUGUCAGAGUCGCGACAAGGAAAAGAAUACAACUACGAAGGAAAACAUUAUCUCAAUGAGAAACUGAAUUUAUAUAAACAGGAUGUAAGGGAACCCAUAUUAAUAACACUUAUUAAAUUGUUUAAUCAAAGCAAAUAUUUUGAUCAACAUGGAAAUGGCGAAAGCAGAAAGCAAGUAAAACUUGCCAGCAACUAUAGAGACGACGAAAAUUGUACUUACAUAGUCCAUGAAGAUUCCCAGGGUAGUACUACAAGUAAUUCCCAAUCGGACAAUAUGUCUGAUGACAAAAAUAAAUUGCAUUUAAGACUGCAACUGGACAACUCAGAUACUGAUACUUCAAGUGACUCCGCAAGAGAAAAGUCCAGGUCAGAGUACAUUCCUAGUGAACAUUUUAAAAGAAGUGAUAAAAAUGUAAUACAACAUACCUCAAAAGAACACAGUGACAUGGUUCAUGAUAAGAGAAGUGAUAUAAUUACUCAUAAGAAACAGCAAAACAUAUUGCAUGAUACUCUAAAAGAUCUCAAGAUUACUAACAGCAGUAGCGACUCUACCUCAUAUGUGGAACUUAAGCCCUAUAAUGAUUUUGAUGGAAAGAUACUUAAUACAGAAAAUGUAACUGUAGUUAAGAAACAAGAUAAUAAAAAUAAUUCACCCAGGUCAUCUACUAAGAACAAUUCACAUUCGAAAAGUAUUGAAGGUGCAAAAUCUGCUUCGUCAAGUAAUGCUUCAUCGUUAUCUUUUAAAGAUGAGCAGAUUAAAUCCAAUAAAGACCAUACAUCACCACAAGCAUCAAUAAAAUCAGAUGUAGAUACAGCAGAAUACAGCUACGAUUUUGCUUCAUCACCUUCAUUAAAAAAUAUAGAUAAACCAAAACUUACAAAAGCAGAUAGUACAUCUCAUACAUUAGAGACUGUUGAAGGAAAAUAUAGUCCAAAUAAAAAUCUAUCUGUUGAGAGUCAGCAACAUAGCUCGCACAGCUCUGUUUCUAUUUCUGAUGUUGCUGAUUUGAUUAGCGAUAAAAGCUCAUCAGCAGGUAAUCAGUCAAGGAAUGAUAAAUCAACAGAUCACAAGUCCAGUUUAUCCAGUCGACAUUCUAAGAAAAAGUCUCAAAGCCAUCAAAGUAAGAUAAUGAGUGAUGAUUCUGGAGAUUUUACAGAAUCACCAGUUCCUUCUCUUUCUAAUUUAAGUUUGGAUAUUCACAGUGACUGAGACUCGGAAAGGAAAUGUUACUUACUAGUUUUAGCACCUAGAUAUAUAAUAAUAUUUUAAUAUGAAGCAUUUGUAAUUUUUAGGAUGUCAAAGUUCCUCAAAGUUUCAGUGAAAUUAUUUAGUUAAUCAAAUUUGGGUACUAAUGUAAUGUUGCAUAGUGAUUGUGUCACUCCAUAUAAUGUGUAAUUUUGGUAUUAGAGCAAUCUAUGCUUUCUAAUAGAUGAUAAGUUAGUUAUAUAAAGAAUGAAAGCAAUUGUUUUACAAAUAAGUAAUUAACUGAUAGAUUUUGUCAAUUGUCAGACCAUAGUCUUCACUUGAUGUUUGAGAAGCUCAAAUUAUGGCUGUUAGUGUAUAUUUGGGUUCAAACUCAAAUUAUGUGAUGGUAUGAAGUAAGAAGCUAUGUAUUUUUUUACUAAGACAUUUUGUCAAGUGGUUGUGCCUUAAUUUUUACUAAAUUGCAAAUAGAUUCUCAAAAAGUCAGCAUACUCUAGUCCUAAAGUGUACAGGUUCCGUCCAAAUUACUCCAAUACAAAACCUGAUCUUGUGUGUGAGUGUGUGAUAAGGUGUUACAAACAGUAUCAAUAAAUAUUAAAAAUA